AUGAAGCGCUAUUACUUUGAUAGGACUACAAACUCAUGCCGCACAUUCACUUAUGGUGGUUGUUUGGGAAAUGGAAACAAUUUUAAAACUAAGUUCGAGUGCCAGCACGCCUGCAUGACAGGUAUUUUUUCUCUGUUUCAUCAUUGUAUGUUGCUCAGCAUGGAUUCAUUUCAGCUCAGUUCAAACCUGAAUUCCACACUUCUUUUUUUCUUCUAA